AUGGCUACCCAGCGUUACCAGCAUGCUGCUCUUCCCAUCAAUGUGCCAUCAAAAGCACCGGCUCCGGCCAGCCUCUUUCCUAUCAGUCGGAUCUCUGGAUCGCCCCCAGACAUUUCUGACACUAGCACCACCACGGGAAGCCGUGUCUCUGGUUUCAGUUACGGCAGCGGUGCUCUCAGCGGCGACUAUGAGUCAAGCUCGGCGUCUUACUCAGGAAUCGACGUCGUGGAAGUUCUGAGUGACCGUAUGCAGGAUGUUUUCGACCCGACCCCAUUGGAUCGAGGACUCGCAAAGCAGGCGCAAACAUCCGGCCAGCUCAACGCAAAGCAGCGAGAGCUUCUCGAAUUACAAGCCCUCGCUCAGCGCCGUCUCAAGGGCGUCCGCGCCAACUUUUCAGAGGGAAUCAAAAUUGCUCGAGAGACCAAGAGUGAUCUUGAGUGGACUCAAAAACGUGUGAAUGCAUUGAAAUCCAAGGCGGAGAAGGCAUAUCCCAAUGAGUACCGACGAGCAGCGAAGAAAUACACCUUCGACGAUGACAACUAG